GAGAAAACGCAAAAAGGCUUUUGCGUUUCAUUAAAUUGCAAAGAGAGAGAUAGUUUGUUACAUCCUCCUAGGAGGCACCAUUACAGGCGAGAAACACAAAAUAACUUCAGUGUACAUCCCAGGUCUGUGGGAGGAUGACACGCAGGCCUCGAGCACCCGCGGUCGCCCAGAGCGCAGCUUCUUCUUUGAUCUUUGCAACCAAGACGCUAGUCGAAGGGGUGGCUGCAUUGAAGACACAAUCGUUGCAAUGCUUCCAGGUCAUCCAAGGGAUCAGCAGCGUCGCGGAUGUUAGUCCUUUGUGCAUCAGCUUGGGUGUGGUCUGGCGCGCCGUGUGCCACCAGGUCGACAGGGAGUUUUCACCAUUAGGCGCACUGCAAGGGAGGUGCAGCCAAGACAGGAUGUCGUGCCAAAUCUGCUUGGUGAAGGGGCAAUCCAUGAUCAGGUGGUUCAUCGAUUCCGGCAUCUGAUCACAUAGCGGGCAGCGAGGAGGGUGCGGCAGUCCGCGGCGAGCGAGACGAUCAGCUGUCCAGCAGCGUCCCAAGCUAGCGAGCCAGUGGAAGAACUUCACUCGCGGGGGGGCCCAGCCUUUCCAAUUAAGUUUCCAUGCCGGGCAGGAAGUAGAGCCAUGGAAGGUGGCUAGGUACGCGGACUGGGCGGUGUAUGUGCCAGCAGCAUUCCACUUCCAAUGGAGCUGGUCUGGAUCACCAGAGAGAGUGAUAUUCUCAAUGGCCCUCCAGGUUAGCAAGUAUUGGCCAAUCUCUUGGAUGCCAAGGGCGCCAUGGAUGUCUGAUGCCCAUGUGUGCGCCUGGAGGCCAUCGGCCACUGUUCUUAUUUUGCGGCGGCGCUUGGGGAUGAGGGCAUAUAGCUGGGGGGCGAUCUCAGAGAUGGAUUGCCCGUUGAUCCAUCGGUCUUCCCAGAACAAUGCUCGCCGACCAUCGCCAAGGACCAUGGAGGUGGACGCAAAGAAGAAUGCACGUUCCUCACUGGAGAACUGCAGAUCGAGGCCAGCCCAGGCCCUGUUUCCGUCUGUGCGCGCGAACCAGAGCCAUCUGGUGCGCAAGGCAAGGCCCGUGCGCUCCAGGUCAUGAAUGCCGAGGCCGCCUAGGUGUGUGGGGCGACAGACGCGGCGCCAGUGCACGUGGCAGUUGCCAUUUUGAGCCUCGGUGCGGCCAGCCCAGAGGAAGCCUCUCUGGAUCUUCUCAAGGAGUUUGAGGACUUUCUUCGGCGGCGCGAGCACAAGGAGUUGAUGCAGGGGAAUUGCACAGAGCACGGAUUUGACAAAGGCGAGGCGUCCAGCCUUGUUCAUGAGGUGCGCCUUCCAAGUGGGCAGCUUCCCGGCAGUCUUGUCGACGACGGGUUGCAGUUGGGCAGCAGUCGGGCGUCGCAAGGUGAGGGGGAUACCCAGGUAGGUAAUGGGGAACUGCGCGAUGGGGCAUCCCAGCGUCGCGAUGGCCGGAGCGACCUCCUCGGCUACGCAACGAAUCAUCGUGGCCGUGCUCUUCUGAAAAUUUACCCGCAGGCCUGAAGCUCUGCCAAAAAGCUGCAGAAUCUCUCUGACCGCCAACGUGUCGCUAGGUGAGGGGUGGCAGAAGAGGAUGACGUCGUCGGCAUAAAGCGAGAUGAUGGGGAUCGCACGACGGGGGUGCAGCUGUUGCAGGAUGUUGAGCUCAGCAGCCCGGCGAAACAAGCGCCCCAACGUGUCGACAGCAAGCACAAAGAGCUGCGGUGACACCGGGUCGCCCUGGCGGAGUCCACAUCGAUGCGAGAUCGCCGGGCCAGGCGCGCCAUUUAGGAGGACUCGGGUGCUGGCCGACGAGAGCAGGAUGGCAAUCCAGCCAAGGAAGCGAUCACCGAACCCAUAUCGACGCAGGGCCUCGAAGAGGAAGGGCCAUGAGACGGAGUCAAAGGCGCGGGUGAGAUCAAGCUUGAGGAGGAUGCGCGGAGCUCCCAGCUGGUGGAGGAGGCGCGCCGACUGUCGCACGAUCAAGAAGUUGUCGUGGAGGCUGCGUCCGGGGAUGAAGGCGUUCUGGAUGGGACUGAUCAAGUCAUUGAGCUUGGGCGCGAGGCGGAGAGACAGCACCUUCGCGAAGAUCUUGGCGACGAGGUGGAUGAGGCUGAUGGGCCUGUAGUCGAACAGGCUGGCAGCGUCGGCGCGCUUUGGGAUGAGUGUGAGCAGCGCUUGGUUCAGAUAACUGAAUCCUCGUCCACGGAGCGAAUGAAGCUGCUGGAAGGCGCAGACGAAGUCGUGCUUGACGACGGGCCAGCAGGAUCGAAGGAACUCCGCGGUAAAGCCGUCCGGGCCGGGCGCCUUGCGCGCCGGCAGGCGUUUGAUGGCUUGCCAAAUCUCGUCUUCAGUGAAUGGGGCCUCCAGGUCGUCAAGGGCGGCCGGCUCGAUGAGAUGCUGCAGGUCAAGGGCGCAAUCUCGAGGUCGAUCGGUCCCGAGCAGAGAAUCGUAAUGCGCGAAGGCCGCCGCAGCCAUGUCAGUCUGGUCGGUGAGCACGACGCCGUCAACCGACAGGGAGUGGAUCCUGUUCUUUUGCUUGCGAUAAGUGCACUGGCGAUGGAAGAAGGAUGUGUUGGCGUCCCCGUCUUUGAGAGAAGAGAUGCGCGCGCGUUGUCGAGCCAGGGUUCGCUCGAGCGAAGCGAGGCCAAGGUAUGACAGCUUGAUCUGUCGGCGGAGCCAGUCCUCGUGGGGCGUGAGCUGACGAAGCUCCUGGGCCGAGUCAAGACGCAGGAGCAGCUCGCGCGAGAUCGCGAGCUGGUCGCGGAUGUUGCCCACGGCGCGAGCGCUCCAGCUCGUGAGUCUGCGUGCGGUGGCCUUCAUGCGCCGCAUUAUGCGGCGGAACGGGCUCGGGUCGUCCACCGAAAACCAAGCAGCUGCAACCACGUCUUGGAAGCCGGCAAUGCACGUCCAGUAUUCCUCGAAUUGGAAGCGCCGGUGCACCGGGGGCGAGGGCGAGCAGUCCAGCAUGAGCGGGCUGUGAUCGGAAACAACCGAGGCAAGGCAGCGCAGGUGGCACUCGCCGUGCCGCUCCUCCCAAUCCGCGGUGCAAAGGACUCUGUCGAGGUGAACCAACAUGGGCGGGGUCUGCUCAUUUGACCAUGUGUAUCGUCGACCGUUGAGAUUGUGGGAGACUUUCCUCAUAGUUCUUGUGGUCUACUCUGCAUGGGUCUCCCCAUUCGAAUUUGGCUUCAUUCGGAUUCCUACGGGAGGCCUAGCUGCGACAGAUAAUGCCGUGAAUGCAAUCUUCGCAGUUGACAUCAUCCUGACCUUCUUUGUAGCUUACUUGGACAGACUGACCUAUUUGCUGGAAGAUGAUCCAAAGAGGAUUGCUUGGCGUUAUGCUACCAGCUGGUUGGUUCUUGACGUUGCCUCCACCAUCCCAUCAGAAAUUGCUCGCAGGAUGCUACCUUCAAAGCUCAGAUCAUAUGGAUUCUUCAACAUGCUUCGUCUAUGGCGUCUCCGGAGAGUCAGCUCUCUCUUUGCUAGAUUAGAGAAGGAUAGACACUUCAAUUACUUCUGGGUUCGAUGUGCAAAGCUCAUUUGUGUCACACUUUUUGCCGUGCACUGUGCAGCAUGCUUCUACUAUCUCCUUGCUGAUAGGUACCCGGACCCAAAGGAAACAUGGAUUGGCAAUACCAUGCCAGAUUUUCAUUCCAAGGGCUUGUGGAUUCGCUACGUAACAUCAGUAUAUUGGUCAAUCACCACGCUUACCACUGUGGGUUAUGGGGAUUAUCAUGCGGAGAACAUAAGGGAGAUGAUUUUCAACAUUUUCUACAUGUUCUUUAACCUUGGACUGACUGCUUAUUUGAUUGGCAACAUGACCAACUUGGUUGUCCACGGCACCAGCCGUACUCGAAAAUAUCGGGAUACAAUUCAAGCAGCAACCAGCUUUGCACUUAGGAAUCAGCUACCACCUCGGUUGCAAGAUCAGAUGAUAUCACAUCUUAGCUUAAAGUUCAGGACAGAUUCUGAAGGUCUUCAACAACAAGAGACACUUGAUGCGCUGCCUAAGGCUAUUAGAUCCAGCAUUUCGCAAUAUCUGUUCCUCAAUCUGGUUCAAAACAUUUACUUGUUUCAAGGAGUAUCUAAUGAUCUGAUUUUUCAACUGGUUUCGGAGAUGAAAGCCGAAUAUUUUCCACCUAGGGAGGAUGUCAUUUUGCAGAAUGAAGCACCCACUGACUUCUACAUUUUAGUUUCUGGUAGUGUGGAAUUAGUAGAGGUUCCAAAUGGUGCGGAACAUGGUGCAGAACAGGUGGUUGGAGUGGCCAAGUCAGGAGAGGUUAUUGGAGAAAUUGGGGUUCUUUGCUAUAGGCCUCAAUUAUUCACUGUCCGGACAAGAUCCUUAUGUCAGCUUCUACGGAUGAAUCGUACGGCCUUUCUCAGCAUUGUUCAAUCCAAUGUUGGAGAUGGAACUAUCAUCAUGAACAACCUUAUUCAGUUACUAAAAGAGCAGACAGACGGCGUAAUGGUAGGUGUUCUGAAGGAGAUCGAGAGCAUGUUAGCUCGAGGUCGUCUGGAUUUGCCAAUUACACUCUGCUUUGCAGUGACUAGAGGAGAUGACCAUUUGUUGCAUCAACUACUUAAGCGUAAUUUGGAUCCAAAUGAGUCAGAUCAAGAUGGGCGUACAGCAUUGCACAUAGCUGCUUCCAAAGGAAAUGAGCAAUGUGUCAAGCUUCUAUUAGAAUAUGGAGCUGAUCCAAAUGCCAGGGAUUCGGAAGGAAAGGUUCCGCUAUGGGAGGCUGUAUAUGCGAAACAUGAUACGGUUGUGCAUCUGUUAGUCAAGGGCGGUGCAGAACUAUCAUCCGGGGAUACAAGCUUAUAUGCUUGCAUCGCAGUUGAGGAAAACAAUAUAGAACUGCUCAAGCAGAUACUCAAGCAUGUCAUCGAUGUAAACAGGCCAUCCAAAGAUGGAAACAUUCCGCUGCACCGUGCUGUCUGCGACGGGAACGUUGAGAUGGUUGAGUUGUUACUGAGACACGGAGCAGACAUUGACAAGCAGGACAGUAACGGCUGGACCCCAAGAGCUCUAGCCGAGCAACAAGGCCAUGAAGAAAUACAAAACCUGUUUAGAUCAGUGAUAGCACCGAGGAAGUACACAUCAAACGGUAGGGUGACGCCUAUGCUGCUAGGCAGGUUCAGCAGCGAUCCCUCGAUGCAGAAGGUGAUCCGUGAAGAUGCUGAGCAGCAACCCAGCAAAGUUUUUCCGCAAAGAAGGAAAGUCAGCUUCCACAACUCUCUUUUUGGUGUCAUCUCUUCGUCUCAUCCGCGCCGAGAGACCGACCAUCUACUCUCAAGAGGUCUUGCGGCAACGGGCGGUCCGAGUUAUCCUCAGGUCCAUCACAACCCACUCAUCAGGGUGACAAUCAGCUGCCCCGAGAAGGGGAACACUGCUGGGAAGCUUGUGAUCUUGCCGGGGUCGAUAAAGGAGCUUCUUCAACUAGGUGCGAAGAAGUUUGACAUGAUGCCCACUAAGGUCCUGACAAUUGAGGGCGCAGAGGUUGACGAGGUUGAGCUCAUCAGAGAUGGUGAUCAUCUUGUUCUUGCCAGUGAUGAUUGGGUACCAGAUGAUACGCAAAUAGGAGGUAAAAAUUAGGCAUAUAAUUGCGUUUUCCGGUUUACAAUAAUUAGGGUAAAGGGGAAUGUUGAACCACGCUUGUAACGAAAAAGCCAAUGGUGAAAAAAUAACUGGAAAUCAUUCCGAAGUGGUAGGGUAUGCCUUGUAUAGAAAUUCUUGUCUGCUGGGCAUGCAGAAUUUUCAUUGUAUAGAAACUCUUGUCUGCUAGGCAUGCAGAAUUUUCACAGGCUAUCCAAGGAAAUAGUAAGGUUAUCUAGCUUCAUUUUA